GGGGACUUCGUCUCUGCCGGCCCCCGGGGGCGGCUGCUGCCCGCCUCCCCGAGCCCCGAGCUCUCUGCCCCCUCGGCUGCCAGGGCACCGGGCAGCCGCGCAGAUUGCACCGCUCUUGGCUGUGGGGACCCGGCGGAGCAUGUCGGAGGAGAGCGACAUGGAGAAAGCUAUCAAGUGCCUCCACCUAGCGAUUUGUUUCCGUGUGGUCGGCUGCAGCUACGUUUGCCGAGUGGCUUUCAUCCAUCCCUCUGGAUGUGUUUGAAAUCACCUCCUCGGAGACUGCAGUGUGACUAGAAGGAAACUUCCAUUUUAGAAGAAUACAGUAUCAAUUGGACUCAGAAGCUGGGAGCUGGAAUUAGUGGUCCAGUUAGAGUCUGUGUGAAGAAAUCUACCCAAGAACGGUUUGCACUGAAAAUUCUUCUUGAUCGUCCAAAAGCUAGAAAUGAGGUACGUCUGCACAUGAUGUGUGCCACACACCCAAACAUUGUUCAGGUUGUUGAAGUGUUUGCGAACAGUGUACAGUUCCCACAUGAGUCCAGCCCCAGGGCUCGACUCUUAAUUGUAAUGGAGAUGAUGGAAGGGGGCGAGCUAUUUCACAGAAUCAGCCAGCACCGGCACUUUACAGAGAAGCAAGCCAGCCAAGUAACAAAGCAGAUAGCAUUGGCUCUACAGCACUGUCACUUGUUAAACAUUGCACACAGAGACCUCAAGCCUGAAAAUCUGCUUUUCAAGGAUAACUCUUUGGAUGCUUCCGUGAAGUUGUGUGAUUUUGGAUUUGCUAAAGUUGACCAAGGUGACUUGAUGACACCCCAGUUCACCCCUUACUAUGUAGCACCUCAGGUACUGGAAGCACAGAGAAGGCAUCAGAAGGAGAAGUCUGGAAUCAUACCUACCUCGCCAACACCCUACACCUACAACAAGAGCUGUGACUUAUGGUCCCUAGGAGUGAUUAUCUAUGUGAUGCUAUGUGGAUACCCUCCUUUUUACUCUAAACACCACAGCCGGACCAUCCCAAAGGACAUGCGGAAAAAGAUCAUGACAGGCAGUUUUGAGUUCCCAGAAGAAGAAUGGAGCCAGAUUUCAGAGAUGGCCAAAGAUGUUGUAAGGAAGCUCCUAAAGGUCAAACCAGAGGAAAGACUCACCAUCGAGGGAGUUUUGGACCACCCCUGGCUCAACUCAACUGAAGCCCUGGAUAAUGUGCUACCCUCUGCUCAACUGAUGAUGGAUAAGGCGGUGGUCGCUGGAAUACAGCAGGCUCAUGCAGAGCAGUUGGCCAACAUGAGAAUCCAGGAUCUGAAAGUCAGCCUCAAACCACUGCACUCAGUGAACAACCCCAUUCUAAGGAAAAGGAAGUUACUUGGCACCAAGCCAAAGGAUGGUGUUUAUAUCCAUGACCAUGAGAAUGGCACUGAGGAUUCAAAUGUUGCCUUGGAAAAGCUUCGAGAUGUGAUUGCUCAAUGUAUCCUCCCCCAGGCUGGUAAAGGAGAGAAUGAAGAUGAGAAGCUGAAUGAAGUAAUGCAGGAGGCCUGGAAGUAUAACCGGGAAUGCAAACUACUAAGGGACACCCUGCAAAGCUUCAGCUGGAAUGGUCAUGGAUUCACAGACAAAGUAGAUCGACUCAAACUGGCAGAAAUUGUGAAGCAAGUGAUAGAAGAGCAAACCACUUCCCACGAAUCCCAAUAAUAACAGCGUCAAACUUUGUUUUUUAAGAAUUUGAAAAAUUAUUCCUUAAUGUAUAAAGUAAUUUUAUGUAAAUUAAUAAAUCAUAAUUUCAUUUCCACAUUGCUUACAGUUGUUACAUACAUUAGGGGCAGAGUUUAGUAUACUUGUUUGUUGGUCAAAGCUCAAAUCUUAGAGACUAUUGAUUUAGGAUUGUUUUAGUUUUAGUGGUAUAUGGCAAUAAUAUUGUCAGGAAAGACUAUUUUACUUAGAAUGAAGUAUUCAUAAACCACUUGGUAGAGGUAGAUAAAGGACCAACUAACUGACCUACUGCUUAGUGAACAAACAGUUGAGUCUAAUACUGUGGAA